AUGGAGCAUAUGCGACAACAGAUAAUCGAUGAAAUACCAUCACAUGCAUCAUUUUUUACGAUUUUAGCCGAUGAAGCAUCUGACGUUUCCAACACUGAACAGCUCUCUUUAUCAAUUCGAUUUGUUGAUGAAAACUGUAACAUACAUGAAGAAUUUCUUGGAUUUUUAUCUUGCGAACGGACAACAGGUGAAGCUUUGGCAAAGCUGAUCUACGAACAUUGGUCAUUAGAUAUAAAAAACUGUAGGGGGCAAGGCUAUGACGGCACAGCAUGCAUGCCGUCAUCUCUGAGGGGUACUCAGGCUUUUAUCAAGGAAAAAAGCUCCAAAGCAGUCUUUACCCACUGCAAUGCACAUUGCCUAAAUCUAGUAAUUGUUCAUUCGUGUGAGAUUCAAAUGAUCAGAAACAUGAUAGGAACUUUAAAUGAAAUUUGCCUUUUCUUCAAAUACUCGCCCAAAAGAAACCUAUUGUUACAGGCGGUCAUUAACAACGUGCGUCCAGAAACAAGAAGGAGUAACCUUAUAAGUCUUUGUAAGACUCGAUGGGUGGAGAGACAUGAGGCUUUUGAGGUAUUUUAUAGCCUUUACAAAGCAGUUGUUAAGACAGUAGAAGUAAUUACCAAUGAACGUCUCUACGCCGAAGACUAUGGCACAUGGCAAUGGGACCAGGAAACGCGCACCAAAGCAAAUGGGUUUUUGACCGCAAUAACUCAAUUUCAAUUUAUUGUAACAAUGAUCACGUACUAUCAACGGUCAUUGUGCAUCCCUUUGAUGGAUCACCUCAUAGUUUAUAUGAACAACUACUUCAUCGCCGAGCAGAUUAAUGUCUCCAAGCUUAUGGUCCUGAUACCUGAAGUUCUUUUAAACACCAAGGAAACACUUGACGAAUCAAUUGAAUUCUACCAAGAAGAUCUUGUUUCACCAGAUAUCAUCGACGUCGAGCUUGCUCGAUGGAAAAAUAAGUGGUCAAAUGUAGAGGAAUAA